CGUUGAUCUGAGCAACCCUUGCUUUCUGAGCUCUCGUCCCGUUCUGCCGGUGCCGGUACCUGGUGUCUAUUCUCUUUGGCUGUCGCAGUGGAUUAGAGUGCAGACAGGUCUUUAUUGCUCUCAGUGCCAUCUUUUUUCUACUAUGUUCCUCUUAUAACCUCGUUGAUCGUCAAGCGCCAUGACUGGUUCAUCCCCGGCGACGCGUCGAUCGCGACAAUGGAGUAGCCCGUCCCGCUCUCGGAUAUCUGACAUUCUUGCUGAGAAUAGGCAUACUGAGUUGAGCCACCAAGAUGCCCUAGCUGCUGCUCAAGCCGAACACGAACGCGUUCGCGAUGCCGCCAUUAGGGUGUUUAAGGACCACGAGUUGAAGGAGGAACACCGCCGUCUGCAAGAACGCGAGGAGGUCAUCAUCCAGCAGCAGCGAAGAGAAGAGGAUAGGAUUCGUAACGAGGAGAGGUUACGCGCCGAAGAAGAGCGACUACGGGCCUUGAAAUUGAAGACGGUACCGAAACUGCCACCAGAGGAACCCCCAGCCUCUUCACCCAAGCCAACCUCUACACUUCAACCAAAUGGCUCCGGGCCAUCAAAUUCGAUAACAGCAACAAACUCGCUUAACAAGCCGGUGCCGGUAUUGACCACAGAAAAGGAGCCGCCUAUCACUUCUCAGCCGUCAUUAAAUGUCCCAACACCACCAGUAAAUGGGAUCAAGCUUGCUUCGCCCGACCAGGCACAGUUGCUUCCACAGGGGCAACCUAAAUCUUCGCCAUUUGCUACUUCGCCAACACCAAGUUCUUUCCUCAAGCCUGCUACUUCACAAAAUGCUCAGUCAGUUGGGCCGGCAUCCAAACCACAAACUGAUCAAUAUGUAGUGAUACAUCAGAAUCUUAAAAAGCUGCGCGCCUCUUUGGCCGAACAAGCCAAAACACUGCCACCACUUAAAGCUCGGAUGGGAGACAUGAGGCGAGAACUGAGGAAAAGUUUAGGUCAAAUCGUCGCGGAGAAGGGAGCCAACAAGAAGCAGAUCACAACAAUCCAGAAGCUACUAGAAGAGUCACUUAGUGGCAGCGUUCCGAGUGCAAUGGUGGACCCUUCUCAAUAUGUCAUAGACGAACGGGGACCAAUGGAGGGGGCUUUACGCAAUGAGGCGCAGCUUCCUUCGCUCUUCCUUUAUCUUCUCAAUAUCUUCGCUAAAACCAUUAUUAACCAGUUCAUCAAUGAGUGCGGCGCUCAACCAAAAGCAGCUGACCCUCUUGGUGUGAUUGCCGCUCAAAUAUUUUCCAACAAAUUCUACCAUUGGAGGGGUAGAACUCUCGUAGAUAUUCUGAUGGCUAAAUAUCGAGUGGCGUGUCCUGUCCUCUUUGGCUACCAUGGCAGCGAAAGCACAGAGCAGGGCCGCGCGAGACUCGGAUGGAGGAGAGACGGGACUGGGUGGGCACCAGAACAACAACAUAUCGAUAGGAUGAAAGGCCUUGCCGUGGGAUACGCGGCAAUCUCCCUCCGCGAUUUCUCGAGAUCUCCUAACACAAAUCCCUGGCCGCCAUCUAAAUACUGGACAAGUUUGGCGAAAGUUGUCAACACACCUCCCGCCGAGAUCUCCAAUACCCAGUGUGUGGUACUUCGCGGCAUGAUCGAGAUAUAUGAGGAGCGCUUCAUCUACUUCUAUGGAAGUGCCGCUAUUGCUGCUCUUCGCUUGGCAUUGGUUGAUUUCCCCAAUAAAGCGCAGGCUAAAACACCGGGUACUUCUGGCUUGCAAGUUCUUGCACAGAUGUUGAAACGAGAUAUCGGACUAGAACUGUAAGGAUUAAGCUGUAGUAGUCAUGGCAUUGCAUUUACUUUGGGACAUGAUAUAAAUUACCGGUCUGGGAAACCACCUUGUAUCAAACUGGCGUUGAGGUUAUAUAGCAUAUAUCCGGCGUCCAAAGUUCAGUCUUGGCAGGAAAU